AUGCUCGCCAAGCACCUAUUCGUGGCCACCGUGUCCGCUGCCGCCGCCAUGGCUAGGCCCUUGCUCAAUAUCAAGAGGGACGACUUUGGUCUCGAGUGGAUGACCAAGGACGGAUCAUCUUCCUCUCUGCCCAAGAUUGUGUACAUACCCGUCUUGACAUCCAACUACUCUCGUCUCGACAACAUCAAUUAUGGCGACGGCGUUUCUCCCACAGCCCAGGAGCUCGUCAGCAACUAUAGCGAGAUUCUCGACAUCGCGCAGAUCGCCUUUGUCCAUUUCCCUGCAUCGAGCGACAGUGCGGGGCUCAACAGUACAAACACCCUUAAAGACACGACUUACAUCUCUCAUGACGGUCCUUCCAACUUGUACCAGGCCUUCGCCGUGGCCGCCGACCCUAAGGCUUGGAGCCGCGGAGGUCUCGUCGUAUUCAACGACCGCAUCUCGCACUGGGGCAGGGCAAUUUGGCAGCCGUACUGGUUCUUUGAGCCCAGCUAUCCAGUGGCGAGGGGGCACUUCGACCUGCAAGCGGCCGGAUUGACUAGCGGAGACGAACUCCCUAGUGUCGUGGUACUGUUUGGUUCUCAGGGCUUUGAUGCAUCCUUGAUGUACGCUGCUGUCGCCAAUGGAGCCAAGGGCAUCGUGGUCCAGGGAUCCGGUGCAGGCAAACUCUCACCCAACGCUGUGACUGCUGCAGCCGACUUGAAGGAAAAAGGCAUCCCCGUGGUCGCCUCUCUCCGACCCGUCACUGGUGCUUCGGUCCCCCCACCUUAUGUGACCUCGUACAUUUCGUCUGGGUACAUGCAGGCCGACAAGUCCAGAGUCCAGCUCCAGCUCUGCCUUGCAGUCGGAGCGGGAUGGGAUGGGUGUCAAGAAGCCUUUGAAAAGGACAUGCGUGAGGCGAUCUACAACCGUGUCACCACAUACUACUAUUAG